CUUUGGGUGAUUUUCAUCGGCUAUCCAUACAGGUGCGCCUGGACAUUUGUGCGUAAUUUGCGGGCGGCAUGAAAUGCGUGUUUACUAUGUGACUGCGUGCUGUUUGGCGUUACAGGCGGGAAUGUCUCUGUCACACUGAAAACCGUGCAACUGGGGCAUGUAUUCACUUUAACACAGCGGACCAACAAGCUGGUGUAGACUGUGUGGCUGAUUCACGGGCAAUAAAACGACGUCUUGGUCUUCUGCAAUAACACUGGAUUACAGGUGCUGCAGGAGGUGGCUUGGAAGGAAGAUUUUAUUUUUAAGGAUAAAGGAAAACGUACAAAUCACAGAUGUGAGAGGCAGGUGCUUUUCGAGAUUUGCACCUCGUUUUUUUUUCUUUUGCAAUCUGAUUUUCGGCCGGAGCCUGUGAAAUGCAGCCUCUACCUGACAGAUGUGUGGCACCACAACUGCAGCCUACAGAGAGCGUUUCCUGUCUACCUGCUGCUGAUCUGCUGAGGUCGGCUGUGGAGGACUGAGACUGCCACAGCUGCAAAUCUCAUCAUCAUCAUCAUCAUCAUCAACGUCUGACACUUCAAACACGACAAGACACAAGAGGACUGAGGCUGCUUUUGGGCUAAUCAAAAAGCCAGCAGUCACAAAGCACCUGUGGACGAUGACUCCAGCAGAGCUGCUCGCGUGAAAGCAGCAUGAGAUAACUGAGGAGGACCGUACUAAACGCUGAUUGAAGCUUUUUCCGUUUGGCGCUGAUGAAAAUGUUCCAGUGUGUCAGUUGACUGACAGGGUUGCAGUGCUGUUCUAGCCCGGGACAUAGCCAGCAGCUGAAGUGCAGACACCACAGAGGGGAUGGCUCGUCCAGGAUCGGGGUUGCUGGUGCCUGUGAAUGGGCUGGGGUACCCUCCUCAGAACCUGGCCAGGGUGGUGGUCUGGGAGUGGCUGAACGAACAUGGGCGCUGGAGGCCUUACAGUGCUGCAGUUUGCCACCAUAUUGAGAAUGUACUGAAGGGGGAUGCCCGGGGAACAGUAGUCCUGGGGCAGGUGGAUGCCCAGCUCUCUCCGUACAUCAUCGACCUGCAGUCCAUGCACCAGUUUCGACAGGACACAGGCACCAUGAGACCAGUGCAGAGGAACUUCUACGAGCCGUCGUCUGCUCCGGGGAAAGGCGUGGUAUGGGAAUGGGAGAACGACAAUGGCUCGUGGACGCCGUAUGACAUGGAGAUCUGCGUGACCAUCCAGAACGCCUAUGAGAAGCAGCACCCCUGGCUCGACCUGACCUCUCUAGGCUUCUGCUACCUCAUCGACUUUAACAGCAUGUGUCAGACCAACAGGCAGAGCCAGCGCAAGAGACGCCUGCGGAGACGCAUGGACCUGGCCUACCCGCUAAUCAUGGGCUCCAUCCCCAAGUCGCAGUCGUGGCCUGUGGGAGCCAGCUCUGGCCAGCCCUGCUCCUGCCAGCAGUGCAUCCUGGUCAACAGCACGAGAGCCGCCUCUAAUGCUAUUCUGGCCUCCCAGCGGCGGAAGCUCUACGGAGGGACAGCGGGCAAUGCGGGCGCCACAGGAACCCUCGCUGUAGUGCGGCAGAGCAACACCUUUGCUGGAACCUCCCUCUGGUCUCCGACAUCCGCCUCCUCCGGCCCUAACAACAAUAACAUAAGUAUGGGAGGUGGGCAAGCCAAAGCUGAACAGGUGCAGUUGCCACUGUCCUCUGCCAACUUCCCCUGUUCCCCUGUGAUGCCAUCUCUUUCAUCCGCCCAUGGCCACCACGCUCUCACCAUCAACGGACAGAACAACCUGAACCGGCCGGGCACCCAGCGUAUUUCCAUGGGCACUGCCAGAGGAGCCAUCCCACCAGGGGUUCCUGCUCUCCCAGUAAAGAACCUGACUGGAUCUGGACCAGUGCACCCAGCACUAGCAGGUAUGACAGGUAUCCUGAUGUGCGCUGCAGGUCUGCCGGUUUGCCUGACUCGGGCCCCCAAGCCCAUACUGCAUCCACCACCCAUCAACAAGAGCGACAUGAAGCCUGUGCCAGGGAUCAACGGCAUGCGCCGCAAAACUAAGAAAAAGCACCUGAGGAGAGGCAAAAACCCAGAGGACGUGGUGCGAAGAUACACAGAGAAGAUUAAAGUGGUGCCAGAUGAGGACUGUACCAUCUGCAUGGAGAGGCUGGUCAUGUCGUCAGGCUAUGAAGGCGUCCUGCAGCACAAAGGCAUCAAGCCAGAGCUGGUGGGCAAACUUGGCAAGUGUGGGCACAUGUACCAUCUGCUGUGCCUGGUGGCCAUGUACAACAAUGGCAAUAAGGAUGGCAGUCUUCAGUGUCCAACAUGCAAAACCAUCUAUGGAGAGAAAACAGGCACCCAGCCUCCUGGGAAGAUGGAGUAUCACGUCAUUCCCCACUGCCUGCCUGGCUACCCAGACUCCAAGACCAUCCGCAUCGUCUACGACAUUCCUGCCGGGAUCCAGACCAAUGAGCACCCCAACCCCGGGAAGAAGUUCAGUGCGAGAGGGUUCCCUCGACACUGCUACCUCCCUGACAACGACAAAGGCAGGAAGGUCCUGAAGCUGCUGAUCAUGGCCUGGGACCGACGCCUCAUCUUCACCAUCGGCACGUCCAGCACCACCGGUGAGUCGGACACAGUGGUGUGGAACGAGAUUCACCACAAGACAGAAUUUGGCUCCAACCUGACCGGCCACGGCUACCCUGACCCCAACUACUUGGACAACGUCCUGACAGAGCUGUCGGCCCAGGGGGUCGGUGAGGAAAACCUGAAAGACUGAUUGCCAGCUGAGCUGGUACACAGGAACACAACCCACCAUGCCCCGCCGUCCCCCAGAGAACAGGACGCUGCAUGACGGGUCAACAAGCAGCCGACAAGUCUUUACUCCCCACAAACAAAAACAACCUGCAGAAGUGGUGGCACAAGAGCAACGGAAGCAAAAUAAAUGACGUGGUUAUGGUCAAUAUUUUGAUUUGUAUAACCUAAGAAUUUCCCCUUGCUGUCUCUUGAUCCAUGCCUUGAGCAUGUUGUGUUCAUGCCAACUUUUCUCAGAGGGUUGAAGAAUGUAAAGACAAGGUGAGAUUUCAGAUUUAGUAAAUGGUAUUUAACCCCUUAGAUUGAAACUGAAACUGUUCCUCUGCACUUGCUGAGGGGCCAAAACUAUACAAAGGCAUAUUUGUAAAUGCUGAACUCCAGAAUGCAUGGCCCAGACUAACGCUGCAUAAUGAAGGUUGGGCGAAUAUCAGUAGCAAUAGGGUGAGGUGUCAAUAGGCCGGUUGUUGUUUGAUAUCGUGAAGAGAAAUUUAAGAGAAUUUCAGCAUUGCGAAUUAAUCCAAAUGAACUGAUUAUAUAAGUUUCCCUUUUUCUCUAAUUAUUAAUUAUUGUUCUGUAACAAGUGGUGAAACUAGGUUUUGUGAUUUGAAGGAGGAUUAAAGCUUUGGUGAUUUGACUGUAAAGUUGCACUGGGCAUCUCUGACAUUUUCCACUUCUGAUACCUUCAGUCAGUUGUUCUGUAAAAUGGAAGUGUGCUCUGUAGUGCUUGAAGUAGAUUACAGAGAGAUAAAGGCUAUGAAAUAUAAGUGUUUGGUAAUAAACGUAUGUUGUAUGGUUAACCUUGCAGACCGGAAAGGAGGAGAUGUGAAAUAGAUGAAACAAGCAUCUUACCAGUCAGUUUGAUGCUUGUUAUGAGGUGUUGUAACUUGACAGGCUGAGGCUGUGAAGCGAGAUCUGCUAUACUCCAAGGUUAAACUCAUUUGUUUUUUUGACACACCGAUGACGCUGACCCCUGUGAAUAUAAGGCCUGCAUUAUUUUUCUCCCUGUUGGAGGCAAACCCAGGCGUCGGCACGAUCCAUCAUGCUGACCAUACAUGAGGGGCGAGUGUGUGAUUGCGUGCUCUGAGGCAAUAUUAUGCUGGCGUGGUCCUUGAGGAGAAAAGCUGAAAAUGUUCCUCGCACGUGGACGUUUCUUUCUCAAACACCAACAGUUCUCCCUUGGAGAUCUAUCACGGGCUCGUGCUCGCCUGCAAUCCAAAAGUCUCUGGUGAGCUUGUUUGCUGCUGGGCAGUGCACUGGGCUCCACUGCUUGUAUAGCAAGCAGAGAAACAUCUUAUUCCCUGUGUGAGCUCAGUCAGGUGUUAGGGAUGAUCCUGAUGUAUGGCCUCACCCCCACUUUCCUCCUCCUCCUCAGCAGCAACAGCGGUAGAGAGCUUCAUUCUAGGAGCCAUGCAAAUGUUGGUUGAGUGUGUAGUUUGCUUGGAACUAUUUUUCCUACGCUCUCCUCAGAUAUUAGGCCCGUGAGGUAAAGACUUUUUGAAGGUCCUCUGUGGAGAUCUUGUGCUGUUUCUUUCCUCUGAGAUAAAAGAUAACCCAGUGCUGCAUAAUUCUCCAUAAAUAUAUCUGAUCAAUUUUAAUGAGCGGGGGUGUUGAUGUAAGGUUUAUGGUGUGGGCACCCAGCUGUGAGCUUAAUUUUGGAGUGAAUCAUAGUCUUCCAUAGAACUUUGAGGCAACGGUUUUGUUUAAUCAGUCGUUUCAUUUUUAGGACAAUGUUUUCAAUUGCAACUAAAUCUGUGUUUUUUUUAAGUUGAUGUUUAUAAAGCGGCUUGCAAUGCUUUGAAAAAUAUAUAUAUAUGAUAUACAUUUGCAGAUGUGAUAUACCUUUAAAUUCAAGCUCAAUUUGAGUCGAUGGUGUAAGUUUAAUUUAUUUUUAUACUCUUCUAUAUAGAAAAUAUAAAGAUACAGACUGGCCCACAUAUCUAUACACAGGCACAUGUUAACAUGAAUACAUAAAAUCUGGCAAAGAUGAAUUUGCCAGUAUGUCAGGGACUGUUGAAAUAUGUACGACAUGUUAUGGACGUCUUAUAUUACAAGUAGUCUUAGCGUAUGCUGCUGUCGUUACCUUAAUGUAGAAUCUGUGUAGUUGAUCCCCUGGGGGACUCCAAUAAAUACAGUAAAUGUGUCUUUAUUAUUGGUGGGGGAGUUUUAGCAGCAUGAAGAUGUCCGUUCCCCCUCCCAUAUGGGCCAUUUCUCUUUUUCUACUCGUCCAGAACGUGGGAAUGGAUGCAGUCAGCAAUCUUUGCUCAGUUCGAAGGUGAAGCAGCAUGCCUGGGUUAAAUAGAAGUCACAAAUAAUAUAUGGUGUUUGUUUUAGCUAACUGGAGCAACAGAUUGGACCUAAGUACACUGAAUUACAUUUUUUUCAAAGGCCCUUCUAUGUCUUUCUUCAAAACACAGCAUCGUUUUACAGCUAGAACAGUAACAUAAGAUGUGUUGAUUGUGUGUCCUUGCUUUUCUAAAAGUCUGUUCUGACAUACAGCCAUGCAUUAUUCCCACGAAUUCAACUGCUGGAUGGUUUGUCCAGUUGUUGCUUAUUCACCUUAAAAAAAACGGGAAAUGUAAUGUACCAAUGUCUGAAUCUAGUCAGCAAUGUACGUUGCUAGGUAGCAACAGAGAUUAACUAUCUCUUUAAGUGUUAAGCUAAAGAGGAUAUUUCAAACAUUAGCUUUUUUUGCUGCUUGUGCAGCCACGAGUACGUAAUAGUAUCGAUAAAUACUCAAAAUUUAAAAUCUUUCAGGGGCUUUCAACCAUGUUUCUGUGUAGGAUGGACUGGGGGCAGUUGUAACCUCUGAAAUUGCAGCAAUCAAGAGCAAGACAGAGCCAUGACACUCUGCACAUGCUCUGCAAUAAGGUUAGGUAAGGCUACUUUAUUUGUACCAGUAGGUAGAUUUGGUUUGUAGUACGAUACAAGGCAUCCUUAUUGACACACAUUUUAUAAACACUGUGGUGAUCCCUCUCUGUCUGCCAAAGGACAACUGAUGUAUCAUACUUAAUAGGAUUAAUUACACUUAUUUAAUUAGGUGUAAAAAUAAAAAAUAAAAGAAGAAGUAACCACUGUAACAAUUUCACUGGCCUCCAUGCUGCUUUCUGCUGUUUACUAACCUGGUUUCUGACCCGUCCAUCUGCACACAUGCAAAUGUUGGUGGAUAAAGGGUGAAACAUUGAUUGUAAAACCAUUUGAUGAUGCUAACAAGUAGAACACAGAUACAAGUAACCUUCAUAAACAUUUCAUCCAAAUAGUUCAAGGGGUUUUAGUGUAAUGACAUCAAAACCAAAAAACAAAAAUGUUACAAUUGCUCCCGACCUCCCCUAUUCUCUCCUUAACUUUUGGCACCUGCAGUGGCUAAAACAGACCACUAGAAGUGUUUGUGAUUUCUGACCCAGGCGUUGAAAACAGUUUUUAUUUGUCCUGUUCCAUCUCAAGUUUUCUCCUUCACAACCUUUUCAACUCCCUUUAUAAUACAGGACAGCAAGAGAGAAUGCUUCCAACCUAUCAGGGAAUUUUAUCCAUGUUAAAUGAAGUUUCAUUAACCAGAGAAAUCCAAAUGUUUGCUUCUUCUGCUUUUCCUUUCCAUGUGUCGGCCUUGUAGUAUGAACGAUUGCAGGCCCUUUAGACUUUUCAGGUGUGUACAGACUUAUAAUGAUGAAUAAAACCUGGUUUGGUAGGCUGUUUGUCUGAUUAAGAAAGAGAGAGAGAUGGCGUUUAUGCAAUUUACUAUUUUUAAGAUCUAAUACAUGAUUUAUGUGUAGCAAGAAGGCAGACAUUUUUUUGUUUUGUUUUUAAAUGACAAUGGAUGUUUUCUUUAUGGGGUGCCUACCUCCAGGAUUCUAAACAAAGGGGUUGCGAUCCGAAAAUGUUCACAUGCUAUGUAUUAGAAAACAUAUAUUUUUGAUGUCUUUUUUUGAAUGAUGAUUGUCUCUAAAAGAACAAUUACAUAACAUUGCUGUAUUACUCUUAUUAAGAUUUAUUCCAUACUAUUUUCCAUUUGAGUAGAAGUGGGAUAAAAUUACUUUUAUUCCAACAUAUGAAGUAUUUAAAGUUGUACUCUCUCAUAGUGUCAACUGCAAACUGUACUUCUGUCUCUAAAUGAUACCUUAACAUUUAUACAUAUACUGUGUGUUUGUAUCUGUUUGUCUGUGCGAGUGUGUGUGAGUGUGUGUCGAAACGGAUCUUGGGUUCAUGUCCUUUAAAGAUACAGUAAUGUUCUCCUAGAGGUGCAUGUUAACCAAACUGUGAGCAAGUUUGUUGACAACGACAUAGCUUUUUUGCGUAUGAAAACAUCAUAGCUUCUUUAGAGAUAUCACCCAGGUCUCCUGGUGAUUUAGCACUGUGGUUUUGCAUCUUAAUCCAGUUAGUUAGAAAGGUUUUUCCGUCUGUUGGAUUUGAUUUACACACACGGGGACGAGGCAGCGUUUGGCUGCUCUCCUCAUUCUUUCAACAACAUGUAAAACAUCAGAAUGUUUUGCAUUUGAAGUGCCCAUUUUAAUUGACAUUUUCAAAUCAUGAUUUCUGUGGUUUGAGUUCUCUUAAGCAGUGUCUACAUAUUGCUAUUUAAGAUGGUUCACAAAGAGAAAUUGAGAUCAACUAAAAGCAAGACAUAGAGACAUUGAUUCAACUAUAAAGGGCUUCUUAAUCUAUCGGUCUUUAUUGAAUUGUGAUGACCUUGUUGCAUGUUUGUGUCUUUCUUGUGGAAAAAUAAAUGUACCCUGGACAGGGGUAGUUUGUUUGACCUUU